AUGGGGCGCCCUUGUGCAGGCACGAAGGUGAAUUGUGCAGAUCAGACUCAAUGUAUAUUUAUUUGGGAACAAUGUGAUGGGAAAACAGUUCAUUGUCGUGAUGGAUCUGAUGACCAAGAGAAUCUGUGUAGAAAUUACACAUGUACAUAUCCAGGUGCUGACUUAAAAUGUGCUGAUGAUUUACAAUGUUUUUCAUAUCUUCAUCUUUGUGAUGGGAAACGAGAUUGUAAUGACGGAUCAGAUGAGACAUUUAAUGUCUGUAAAACCAGAAAUUGUGGAUGGAGAGAACGUUCCUGUGAUAAUGGGAAAUGUGUUUACAUCCGUCAGUUCUGUGACGGAAAGGAUGAUUGUGGAGAUAAUUCCGACGAAAUGGAACCUUGUUUUCGUAACAAUUACUAAACGCAUGUGCUUAACUCAUCUUUAAUAGAACUAUGAAAAUACGUUGAUGUACACAACAUUGCAAUCUCUCUGAGUUAUAUAACUUAAUUUAGAAAUUAAAGAAUGAUUACAAUAG